CACAUAUAGACGGAUUGAAAUGUUUUGAAACCUGUAUUGUACUGUAUGUGCCUGCAAAAUCAUGAAUACUUUGAGAUUAGCUUGUCUCGGUAAAAGCCAUUUCAUUGUUUGUGAAAAAGGAACAGGAUUUUUCCGUUCGCUUACCACAGCCCUAUGUCAGAGAAAUCUCGGGUUGAGCUCAGAAGUCAUGUCGUCAGCUGUUAUUACUACUAGGUGCUUCUCGAAGAAAAGUCACGCUUCAUCUUCACACGAUUUGGAGGACGAACACCCAGAAAGCAAGGAAAUUUUGCGCAAACUUCGAGCCCGUCAUCAUUACCAUGGCAAUGAGAAAGACGCUAAGAAAGGCCAUGAAGUAUUUAUACUAGAGCCUGAUUUCAAAUGGGGUCGUCACCGCUUUCGAAAUGUUACCAGUGAACAUAGAUUGGACGAAGCCUGUGGGUUAGUUGAUGCGAUUGAAAACUGGAUAGUCGCCGGCAAAAGUGUUGAACCUGUCCGAAAGCCAGACGGUAAAACGUUCUUCGGGAAAGGGAAGGUUGAGGAGUUAACCGAGCAGUUUCAAGAAAUGAGAAAUUCAGCUUCUUCAUUCGACAGCGUGUUUAUUGACGUUGCUAAGCUGAGUCCUCGGCAACAUAAAGAGCUGGAAGACCUUUGGGAAGUUAAGGUAUUCGACAGAUUUGGCGUAGUGCUGCAGAUAUUCAAAGAAAGAGCAAAAACUGCAGAAGCUAAGAUACAAGUUGAAUUAGCUGAAAUACCUUACAUUAGGUAAAGGACUAUAUCCAGUUCAUUUACAUUAAAUUUAUAUAAAGGAAAACCCUCUUAAUGUGUCAGUCAAUUGAAACCCCGGCCCCCUGACCCCCGCGGCAUAACAUGAGAUAGAGGGGAUUUAACAUGGCCAAUGUAGGGAUUUAACACACAUUUAACAACAUGUUGACCCUUGGGGGCGGUGGAAUUAACAAGAUGCCUGUUCCACCUGGGUCAUGAGCGGGGAUUUAACAGGCACGCAUUUGGGAAGUGGGGACAGCUACGGGGAUUUAACAUGAAGUACCAAAAGAAAUGAGCAGAUAAAAACUUUGAUUUUUGUGGAUGAAACAGGCAUGAACCUACUAAUUUAUUUGUGUUGUUAAAAUGAACAGUGAACAACAAGCUAAGGGGAAGCUUAGUCACGUUGUAUAAAUUGGCAUUUGUCGUAAGCUGCAAAUGUGAUUCUAUCUCUCUCUAAUAUCUUGGACCAAAGUUGAACGGGAGUAUUUUUCAAAUUCAGCUGGAGAUUUUGACUAUUCAGGGAACAAUAUAAAGUAUUGGCUGGGACCAAAAAAAGCAGUUACGGAGUACAAAAACUUUGAAGUCCAGUUUGUGAAAUCAGAAGUUGAAAACUGUCACUGUUACAUUUCACUUCAUAAGAUGUGGGUGACCACCAUGGAAACUGAUGAAAUCACUCCAUUGCAGUUUACUAUUUUUAUUAAUAUCUUAGCAAAAAACAUAGACUUGGUAAUUCAUGGUUAAAAGUUCCAUGCAGUUUUGACAAAUUUUAACAAGUUGAUAUUUUUACGUGUUCUUUGUCCUUUCAAAGGAACUGUAUAUUUUUUUACUUCAGAAACAGUGAUAAGCAGUGUUCUGAUUAAGUAAGAGGUGUUUUUAUAGGUACAUGGAAAAUGUAAGUGCAUGCAAGUAUAGGGAGGUAUAAACGCAGUAACUUUUCAAAUAAAGGCAACAACAAUUGGGACAUGCACAUCACCAUGUGAACAUCGUGCGGCUCUGAUUUGCUGUGCACCUCCCAUGAAGGAAGGUGGCCAGUGUAUACCCAGAUACCAUUUUCAAAAUAACCAGAAUUAGUUCCAUGGCACUGUUACAAACCAAGUCACUGUUUCAGGCCUUAAGGGUGGAUUUCCUGACCCUGGUCUUUCCCUAGUGGUCCUUGGCCUGAUGUGUGUACACCAUGAUCAAAUUUGAAUGUAAGCCAUAAAAAGAUGUCCAAUUUCACUGCAGUUGUAAGUGUAGUUGAAAAUAUAGUUGAAUUUGGGAACAAGUACAGUUUAGACCAGCAAAUACUGUAAAUUUGAACUGAAUCGUGUUUAUUGUUUAUAAAAUAAUAAUGUUUAUUAUUUGGUAUUGCGCAAAUUAACAUAUAAACGAUCAAAUGCGCAUUUGAAAGGUCGCUUUGUGGUCAACUAAUAAUGCCUUGCUAUACGGGGCUUUUAACAAACUGUUUGGUCCGGUGAGCCUGGAAAUUAGUGGUGUUUUAACACACGGCCAACGUUAAAUUCCCUCCCAAGUUGUGGAGGUUGAGGGGCCGGAGUUUCAAUUGACUGAGGCAUAAAUUAAGAUUUCUUAUCUUAAGAGAAAAAUUCAAACAAAUCCUUUGUUAAGGACUUCUUUCUAGUACUUCAAGCGGUCUCCCCUUAAGAAAAAGAAAUGUUUUAUGUAUGAGAGAGAAAAAUUUCUUAAAGUUUAUGUAUGUGACGUGAAUUUCUUUUUGUAGUUUCUUGUUCUACCAUAUGUGUAAAAUAUGUAUCUGAAAUUUAAACUUGUCUAUAAUCUUGCACAACCAUUAUUCGUCUUCAAAACAUGCAGAUUUUUGCCUUCAAAAGUGUUCGCCCUAUUUGUGUGGCCUAAUUGACAAGUAUGAUGUAGACUGAUUUGCAAAAAUGUAGAAUAAUUUAAUGAGAUGUGGCAAAUAGGAAGGAUUGUCAUCUUCGAAGACUCCUCAGUCAUCUUCAGAACUUCAUUGACUUCACUAUACCUUCUUUACAGUCAGUUACACGGCUUAAUUCCUUAAAGCAAUGACCAGAAUCGGAGGAGAAGGCUAAGUAAACUACGUAUAACUGACGUCACAUGACAUCAUCAGUCUUUCUUUGAUCUUUUACUCUUUCCCAGUUUUUGGUUCAUUUCAUUUGGGAAAAAGCAGUUUUUGGAUGGCCAAAAUUCAAGAAAAGUUGUUUUGGGACAUCACAGUAAAAUAUUGUCAUGCCACAAGCAUGAGACAAACAGAAAAGAAUUGUGAGUUAGCAAAGGGAUUUUAACCAAUCAGGUGACCCAAACACUGGGUUUGUGCUCCAUUCAACUGUACUUCAGAGAGAGUCUUGGAUUGCAAGGUCAUUUUUGACUACUGAGUUUCAUAUGUGACAUGUGUCCAGCAUACUGGUAGGGUCAUCAAUGUCAAAGGCUGCUGAAUUUUAAACAGAAAGAUGUCAUAAAUAAUAAUAAAUAUAGUCUUUGUCCCAUAAGCAUCAUUGGACAAGGAUAAAAUUCACGAGUUCCUCAAGGUUUUAGUCCAUGUACACUUUAACUUCACAAUAAAGAAAUAAGGUUAUGAUAGCUACACUGUAUGUGUACAAGAGGUGGGCACUUAAAGCAUUGCAAUCUUAGUAAUCUUAGAGCUUUUAUAUUUAUUUUAUUUUAAUUUUAAUUUCAGAUCCAGACUGGUACAUGCAGGAGGAGAAGUGAAUAGUAAUUAUGAUCAGCAAAGGGGUGGAACACAUGCUAUUGGUGGAGCAGGGGAAACUGAUCUCGAGAAAGAGAAAAGGAUAUUGUUUGAGCGAGAACAGAAGCUGAAAAAGAAGUUACAGUCUAUCAAGAAACAUCGUGACCAUGUUAGACAUGAACGACAUAAGAGGCAUGUUCCAAUAAUAGCAGUUGUAGGAUAUACUAAUGCAGGUAAAGAUCCGCAAUACUGUUCAGUGUUGAUGCAGCUACAUUAGUACAGAUUACAUGCAUAGUUUAGUAAAUACACUGAGUUUGUAGUGCUUCAGACUAAGCUGGACAUUUGUAACUGGACACAGGAUUUCGCACUCUAACGCUUUGCAGGUUAAAACGAGUAAAAAUAAGCAGAUUGUUUAGGGAUAGUAAACGGGAAAUUAGAGCAUUUAAAAGGUGUCCUUAUCCGAUUAAACGGAUAACCAAAAGCGUUAAACGAUAGAGCAAUUUAUCAAUUGAAUCAUUUGUAAAUACGCACUUCAGGCUUUGCGCUGCAAAGUAUUGGUAAUUAAACUAUCUAUCUAUCUGGUUCCAGUUCCUCGAAAGAUGGUUAAGUUUAACCCAGGAUUAAGACAAAUUUCAAGCACGGUUUUCUCGUCUAAGAACAUGCAACUCGAGGUUACAAAAUACUGUUGAGCCUUUAAUACGAGAUAGAGUAAUGAUAACAGAAAUGCAAAGGAACAUAAAAUACAAAAACGAAACAAAAUUUUGAUCCUGGAUUAACGCUAAUCGGCCUUUCAGGAAGGGGGCCCUGUCUGUCUGUCUGUCUGUCUGUCUGUCUGUCUGUCUGUCUGUCUGUCUAUCUAUCUAUCUAUCUAUCUAUCUAUCUAUCUGUAUACGCUGUUUAAAACAAUACCCCACUCUUUCAAAUGAUCAAUAUUUAAAUUUUAAAGUCACACAGAAGCGUUUUCACCCUAACAAAUUUUUAUAACCACUUUUAUCGCUUCAAGUUUGUGAACCGGGAAGGAAAUGCUAGCUCAUCUUUUCUUUAUUUUAGCCCACUCCUUCCCCGUUCUAAUUAACCUCAGUUUAAUAGUAUAUUUUAAUAGUACAGUGACGGUAAACGCGGGUUUCAAAUUACUCAUUUCACGGACUGGGUAUAAAUGAAGUGAUGUUGGUCGCCUUAAAGUUGCAUCAUUUGGCUUCAUCCUUGGGUAACGAGCUUUUAACAACCCUUGCAAAAUGGGUACAAAAAAGAGUAUGGAAUAUGCAUAUGUCACGUUCACUUCAAAACCUCUUACUUUUCGUAAAAGUCAACUUUUAACAAAAGCGAAUUACAUUCGUCUCUAUAAAGGGCAAUGCACUCAGAAAGUCAUAAGUCUUAGUGAAGUUAAAUUAUUUUAUUCAAAGUCGUUUUCACAGGAGAGACUUCAACUGCACUCGCGAAAGUCACAAAGAAGCGAAUGAGAACUGAGCGUUUUCAAUCAUAUGCCCAGAAUCUAAGGUAUUGGUUGGAACAAAAGACAGCCUUUAAAAAAGAAAAAGGGCAAGGGUGACGCAGUGUCAAGAGCACUUGCCUCCCGCCAAUGUGGCCCGGGCUUGAGUCCUGUCGUCGAUGCCAUAUCUGGGUUAAAUUUGUUCACGGCUCUCUACCCUGCUCCUGAGAGGUUUUUCUCUACCCUACUCCUGAGAGGUUUUUCUCCGAGUACUCCGGUUCUCCCUGUUCUUUAAAAACCCUGAACAUUUCCUAAUUCCAAUUCGAUCUGGAAAGCACAGACACGUUCUUAAGAACUCCUCAGUGCUCCGUGGGUAACCAAGUUACAAUUUACAAUUUUAAAACUCAAAGAAUUGUCUUGGUACAACAACAUGGCCGCCGUUUCAUUGUUUUGGAACACCAAUAUGGCCGCCUUGACGUCAUGUGAAAACUCUCUAUACACUUUUCUUAUUUCCCAGCUUUUUAAGUACCUUUUGCUUUCAAAGCCCAACUUUCAACACGUUGAAUAAACAGUUGAUUGUGGCUGCUGUAAGGAUGACGUAUUACGAAUUCUUACACCAAAAGCGCAAACUUAAGUUGUUUCAUCACGGCGGUGAGCGAGAAAGAGUGCGGAUCGUUAGUCGAUUUUAUUGCUCGAGAGACCAGUCAAGUGACAAGCGAAUAUCACAUUUUUCUCCGACUCGAAACUCUGGUCUUGAAACUCUUAAGUCUUGUUUUAACGUUUAAACCAACUUGUUAAAAGGCUGUUAAAGGGGUGCAAGUUGUCCUUAAACGGGUAAGCCCACCAUUUAAACGUUUUGCCCAAAACGUUUAACGGAUGCGUUUUUUAGACAAAUAGAUGAACCGUUUAAAUGGUUUGUUUAAAACGUUAAACGGAUUCAAGUUUCUUGUAAACGGAUAAGGAAAGUGUUUGGACGAUCAAUGAUCCGUUUUAAGUGGAUGGUAAACAGUUAGUAAACGGAUUUUGCCGUUAAACGGUUAAGCAUUAGCUAAGCAUUUAAUGUACGAAAUCCUGACUGUGCCCGGUCACACCUAUUUCGUGAAACCUCUGGUCUUGCCUGGUACUUGCUCCUUUUAUAAUAAUCAAAUCUAAUAACAAGUGCCAUGUACAGAUUUCUUUGAUUUUUAAACUGUUGCAGGUAAAACAACACUGAUUAAAGCCUUGACUGGUGAAGCAAAGAUGUACCCUGAAAACAAGCUCUUUGCAACUCUUGAUGUCACAGGACAUCCAGGAAAACUUCCAUCUGGGAUGACUGUGCUGUAUUUAGACACUGUGGGAUUUGUUUCAGACUUGCCACCUGAACUGGUUGAGUCAUUUUCAGCAACACUGGAGGAUAUUGCCGACUCUGUAGGUGUCUCCUAUUUAUCAGUCCUUGUAAAACUGCAGCAGUAAGCGAAGAGAACAUAUUUUGUUCACAAAACAUGAUAUCUAUAUUGCCUUUGUUUUCAGGAUUUAGUUGUCCAUGUUCGUGACAUCAGCCAUCCUGAAUGUGAUUCUCAGUUAGAAGAUGUAUUAACAAUCCUGGAAAAACAGCUGAGCCUGAAAGCACCCUUAAUGGAGAACAUGAUAGAAGCACUUAAUAAGGCUGAUCUUUGGUAUGCUCUGCGGUAACUAGCGAGACAAGUUCCUCACUGAAAGACGAAAGUCAACUUAUCUGCGUUCAACUCUACACAGACAUUUUUUUACAGCUGAUUCAAUAAAGGUUGCUUUGGGCAUUGGGAAUUGAAGAUUGGUAUUGGGCAUUUGGGCAUACCAAACAAUGCAACAAUUAGCCUGAGUGACCACCAAACAAUAGCUUCUUAUUGCCCAAUUCCCAAUGCCCAAAGCAACCUUUAUUGAAUCAGCUAUAUACACAGACUGUUUUUAGUAUGGCUAGUUUGAGUAGAACCCUGUGUAAAAAGGCAGCAUCAACGAAAACUCACAUAUUUAAGCAAUAGAAAACGUUUUCCGUUGUUGCAUAGGCUGAUAUAAACACGAGAGGGGUUGGGAGAAUUCGAGACAGUUAUGCGAACCCGAGACGAAGUCGAGGGUUUGCAUGACUGUCGAUUUGGAACUGAUUAAAAGAGAAAUUCUUACCAGUUGCAAAGUCUUGUCCACGAAGGUUCCACGAAGUCUUGCACGCGUAAUCAGUUCUUGUUUUGCAAAAAGACGCUUUCCAAAAUACGGACUUUUCUCGCUUAAAAUGUCAGCUUCAGCGAAAAAAAAUUGACACACUUUCUUUGUAACGAUUUUCCAAGUUUCAGCCGACGAAGGAAUGGGUAAAUAAAGUAAACUUGUCAAGUUUUGAACUUGAAAACUUUUUCAAAUUCGUGCUUGCGUGAUUAGCGCGCGAAAAGCAAAACAUCUUAACGCCACAACUAUGUUUACAUACUCUCAUGCAAACACUCCCAGAGCGCGCGUACUAUCUUAGUUAUUUUAUAAUAAUUAUGUUAUAUUACCCCUGUGAACAAUAGCAGAGCCAGCUUCACCUCAUGUAGUCAAGUGUACUGUAAGAUUCCUAGUUACAGCACCCCCCCUCCUCCCACCCACUCACUUGAACUCUGUCUAAAGAGUUCCUUUAUCUUUUCAACCAAAAAAGCAUCGGCUGUGUCCAUAGUAGCAUUUUUUUAUUAUUUUUUUCGACCGUCCACUCAAAGCCAUACAUUGUAUAUAAUAAAUGCAUUUUGGUCCCCAGACUGCUUUCGGACGUUUUAUCUCCAACUUCUCCGUUAUUUCUGUUUAUAUACUUAUGUACAUGUAUGUAUAUGCCAAACCGAGUCAUGCAUGAGUAGCUAUGGAGUAAGCGUUUCUGAAUAUAGUCAAACACCACUACACAGACACCCGAGUACAAAGGACACCCCGUCAUUAAAAGAAAACACACUGUCAUGGAUGGCAUCUUGUACAAAGUGUCAUCAGGUCAGAAGGGCACUCUCAUCUCUCUUUUUUCCUUGUAAUUACAUGUAGGCAAACUUUCUUUCGCACAAUGUAAAAGAGGUUAAAAUUUAAUAGUUUCUCUUUUUUUGCUACUAGCAAAGGGUAAUGCUAUUUUUUUGUUUCUUCAUUUUAGUGAUGAAGAACCUUUACACAUGCAAUAUGGAGCGCAGAGUAAUAACCGUACACAAAUCUCAGCUUCGAAGAAAACUGGACUCAACAAGCUGCGUGGCUUGAUUGAAGAAGGUAUCAUUGCAUCCACGGGGAAAGAGAUAAAAAGACUUGUGAUUCCUCCUGAUGGACCACAGCUCAGGUGAGUUAUAUGAAGGCUACUCAACGAAUUAUUAUGUCACAUACAGCUGUAAGUGAUGCCCUUGUCGCCAAAUUCACAGCUAAUCAAAUCAAGUGAUGGUUGAUAUGGCAUUUUUAAAAAUGAGUUUUGCAUGAAAUGUAAAGACCCAUGAGGGUAAGGUUUUUGUAAAAUUGUAGUAAAGGUAAAUUGGAAGUUCGCCGUUGAGAAACGUGAUCGAAAAUCCUNCACCUCAUGUAGUCAAGUGUACUGUAAGAUUCCUAGUUACAGCACCCCCCCUCCUCCCACCCACUCACUUGAACUCUGUCUAAAGAGUUCCUUUAUCUUUUCAACCAAAAAAGCAUCGGCUGUGUCCAUAGUAGCAUUUUUUUAUUAUUUUUUUCGACCGUCCACUCAAAGCCAUACAUUGUAUAUAAUAAAUGCAUUUUGGUCCCCAGACUGCUUUCGGACGUUUUAUCUCCAACUUCUCCGUUAUUUCUGUUUAUAUACUUAUGUACAUGUAUGUAAAUGCCAAACCGAGUCAUGCAUGAGUAGCUAUGGAGUAAGCGUUUCUGAAUAUAGUCAAACACCACUACACAGACACCCGAGUACAAAGGACACCCCGUCAUUAAAAGAAAACACACUGUCAUGGAUGGCAUCUUGUGCAAAGUGUCAUCAGGUCAGAAGGGCACUCUCAUCUCUCUUUUUUCCUUGUAAUUACAUGUAGGCAAACUUUCUUUCGCACAAUGUAAAAGAGGUUAAAAUUUAAUAGUUUCUCUUUUUUUGCUACUAGCAAAGGGUAAUGCUAUUUUUUUGUUUCUUCAUUUUAGUGAUGAAGAACCUUUACACAUGCAAUAUGGAGCGCAGAGUAAUAACCGUACACAAAUCUCAGCUUCGAACAAAACUGGACUCAACAAGCUGCGUGGCUUGAUUGAAGAAGGUAUCAUUGCAUCCACGGGGAAAGAGAUAAAAAGACUUGUGAUUCCUCCUGAUGGACCACAGCUCAGGUGAGUUAUAUGAAGGCUACUCAACGAAUUAUUAUGUCACAUACAGCUGUAAGUGAUGCCCUUGUCGCCAAAUUCACAGCUAAUCAAAUCAAGUGAUGGUUGAUAUGGCAUUUUUAAAAAUGAGUUUUGCAUGAAAUGUAAAGACCCAUGAGGGUAAGGUUUUUGUAAAAUUGUAGUAAAGGUAAAUUGGAAGUUCGCCGUUGAGAAACGUGAUCGAAAAUCCUAUUGUGGUAAAGAUUUCGUUCUGCAUCUUUGUUCGAAUAUGAAAUGUUUUGGCUAAUUAUUCGGUAUGAACUUUUAUUUCAAUCUCACAAAUAAGCUUUUGAUUAAAGUACUGAUCAACGUUGUCAAAGUUGUUGCACCAGAAGCCAGUUGCAAAGAAAAUAGAGUAGAUCAUGACUGUAGUUGUGUUGGGCGCUGAGUUGGUAAUUGGAGUCCAGCAUUCAUAUAUUAUAAAUGUGAUUUCUUUAAUGGACUUUUUAGAAUGGCCUGCCCAAGAUACUUAUCUGUCAAUUGAAUUUCUGUAUACCGAAUAAUACACACUGGUACCUGCUAUUUCUGUUAUUAAAAUCAACUGUAAGCAGUUCGCGUACUUAGAUGUUUAUAGCGGAGCUCCUGCUGUUGCAGAAAGAACCAGAGUCGGCGACUAUUUGUGGAUCGUAUUUUUUAAACGAUUUUUACACCAGAGAAAAAAGAAAAGAAAGAAACUCACAUAAUCUAAAUGCACUUGCAUAUAGUGAUCUGUUCCACCGCUUAGGAAUCUUGGCAGGGUACUCAUGGGCUUUAAAUUAGAAUCCGAUUCUAUUAUAAGUUAAAGCGCCUUUAACCAGGACAUUGCAUGUAUUUACUGUCAUGUUAUCCAGCUCCAGUUUCAAACGUUAUUGCAAGAUAUUUUAGAAGAAUAUUUGUCCAUAGAAUGUAAAUCGUAAAUGCAGGAAAGAUUAACUAGUUAACAGAGCUUCCUGUGUUAAACCGAUUGUCAGCUGGCCUGUCUGUGGUACGUAAUAAACAUACCUUUUUGUUUGUUUGCUGGAUUUAGUUGGCUGUACCACGAGGCCACUGUUCAGGAAACAUCAGCCAAUGAAGAAGGGGAUAUCGUAGCGACGGUGAUCAUGGAUGAAGCCACCAGAAAAAAAUACUUAGUAAAAUUCGGCAAAUUUUAGUUAAUAGACACGGGAAGAGCAAGGACUACCGUAUGUAAAUAUUAGCAAAUAAAAGCGUCCCAGGGUAGGCCUCGACUGUAAACUACAUGAUUCAUAACUCAAACUUCCGAAACUGUAUAGUCAAAUGUAUUCAUUGUGUCAGUUUGAACGUUUUCCUAGGUAGUGUAACAGUUAAGGUAAAAUGAAGCUAUUUUAAGCAAAAAUAGAUUCUAGUCCUUUAUUGCAGCAUUUAUUUCAUACCUCCAGUCUUUAGUAUCGACUUAUUCCAUACAUUAGAAUAAUUAUUUGCUAUCAAAGGAGAAAAUUUUUGAAACUUUAAAAGAGUUAGUUUCUCUUGGAAGUGCAUUUUGUGCCAAGUAGUCUUACCACUGAAUUUAAUUUUAUGGUGGCGCUGGCGAUGCUUGAGGAGGAGUAGAGACUCCCAUGAGUGAUGGAGGCGGUGGGGAACGAGGAUUUCAGCCCCAAGGCAUUGGUGUUGGAGGCGGGGGAAUUGAAAAUUCUGGGAGCGGUGUCGUGGAAAAGUAGGUCCUCUCUGUAGUGGUGGUUAAGGCGGAGUAAAUCCUCCUGGAAAUCACAUUGCUGAAAAACUGUAGCGGUGGUGGUGCACGUGAUACCUCUAGCAGUGGCAGCGGAAGAGUUUUACCCCCUAGGAAUGGUGGUAAGGGUGGACGGGUAGAAUCAGCCUGUGAUAGUGAUAGAGAUGGAAGGGUGG